ACUUGUGUUUUAACACCUGGACUACAUAUCUGCUUAUUAGUCUUACCUGGACGUGAACUCCUGAACCAUGCCAGCGUCUUCUACCCCCUUACUCUGUGUCGGGGACUAUGAGGAUUACGCCAAGGGCAAACUCCCUGCUAUGGUUGAGGAUUAUUUUAAGGCGGGAUCAUCGUCGGAGCAGACACUGAAGGAAAACGCGCUGGUGUAUAAGAGAUACCGGUUUCGUCCCCGCGUGCUGAAGGAUGUAUCCAAGAGGGACAUGUCCACUACAGUGCUGGGCAGCCCGGUCAGCUGUCCAGUAGGCGUGGCACCAAUGUCCAUGUGCCGGAUGGCCCAUCUGGAUGGGGAGAUGGGAAUAGCUAAAGCCUGUGAGCGACUCCAGCUCCCCUUUGGUCUCUCCACCGUCUCAACAUUUAGCAUUGAAGACAUAGCAGUCGGAGCUCCCAACAGCGUCAGGUGGUUCCAACUCUACAUAUUCAAGGAACGUCGCCUGACGGAAACGCUGGUGCGGAGAGCUGAGGCGGCUGGGUUCUCUGCCCUUGUUUUGACGGUAGAUGCGCCGUUUGCCGGCAGGAGGCUGUCUACUAUGAGGGGAGGAUUUACACUUCCGGGUCACCUCAGAUUGCCGAACAUCGACGCUUCUGAUGGCAUAUUCAAAUCUUUGAGAACUGAUGCAGCCAAUGUGCCAUAUUUGGAAGUUGUUGGGAGUCAGUUGGAUCCAUCGAUCACGUGGGAUGACGUCAAAUGGCUUCUAAACUUCACCCGAUUGCCUGUAAUUGUCAAGGGAGUUUUAAAUGCUGAAGAUGCGAGGAAGGCAGUAUCUCACGGUGUGGCGGCUAUCUGGGUGUCAAAUCACGGCGGGCGACAAUUAGACAGUGUACCGGCCUCGUUAGAUGUUCUCGCUGAGGUUGUGGACGCUGUCGGUGGUCGUUGUGAGGUGUACGUGGACGGUGGCGUCAGGAGUGGAUAUGACGUCAUCAAGGCUAUAGCAAUCGGCGCCAGGGCAGCGUUCAUCGGCAGGCCAGCAUUAUGGGGACUCGUCCACAAGGGCACAGAGGGCGUUGUUAAUCUGCUGCAGUUGGUAAAGGAUGAAGUGGACAACGCAAUGGCGCUCCUUGGUGUCUCAAGCCUCGGAGAACUGAACAGAAGUCACGUGACACACGAGUCCUUGCUUCCUAAGCUCUAAUCUCACAGUGGUAUCGGUAGAGAUGUGACAAAGCGAAGUUGUAACACCCCUGCUACAAAGGAUUGCAGUGAUUAAGUGAAUCGUAUUUUGCGGCAUCGGUUUGUUCGAGGUUAUUCGGCUACUGCACAGAGAUGUGUCUAUAUAUAUUGUAACAAAUAUAGAACGGUGAAAUGUCCAUGGAUGCAUACCCACCUGAACUUAUGUAAUAAAUACAGGAUUAUUGUUUUA